GUCUUCACUAAUGGUCAAUCAUCACUCAAAUAAACACUUAUUUAUCUCAUUAAUGCUUCAGUGGGUGGAAUAAAAAUAUGGCAGGACUUUUACUCUCUGACCCCCUCUAACCCACCUCUGCAAUAUUCAAUAUACUCUGUUAAUUCUCAAUAAGAUUUCUUUUGUAGAAAUAAAGUUAAUCUGGUCAGUAAUAAGUGUAAUAAUGUGUAAUGGCUGGAAGACAGUUGUAGUUCUGCUCGUAGUUGUAGUUUCUGCUCGUAUUUUUUCCGUUCUUGUUCCUCUUUUCAGUUGUUCUGCUUGUUAACAGCAGGUGUUCAUCAUUAAUGCUCAAUCAUCACUUAAAUAUAAACUUAAUUAUCUCACUGUAACACAGCGUCAAUGUUACUUUUACUCUGUAGUGUGGACACUAGAGGAUGUCCCUAUGGGGUUGAAAGGGUUAAAGGUGUAAGGUAAAAAGACACACCCACAAAAUGUAAUUUAACAGUUACAAACUCUUAAUUAAAAAACAGUUAUGUACUGGCAACACUGUUGCCAGUAGUUUACUGUGAAAUUGAGUUUUGUGGGUCACCAUUGUGCUCAAGAGUAGAGCCUGUGCCUAGGUUCAGGAGAAGAUCGAGAGACAUUGGUAAUAUGCUGCAUGUUGUUUUAUUUAACAGGUGGUGACUGUGUAGUUGUUGGUGCAGUGAAAAUCUUUUUGUUUAAAAUGUUUGUAUUGAACCUUAAAGAAAUAAGUUUGUAGUAAUUAUAUGCUCAUAUUAUUAACAUAUAAUAAAAAUUAGUUUGUAAACAUGAAUGGCACUCUGACAAUUUGAGGCAGUUGGUUUCUGCAAAAGAAAUGAGGUAACAUGAGUUUUAAUUUAGUACAUGGUAUAUUUACAGUAACAUACUGUAGAUUACGGUAAAUUUACGGUAUUUUACUGUAAAAAAGCCCGGCAAGGUCUAACAGUGUAUGUAUUGAAGCAGCAGUGGAUUCCAGAAUCCACCCCUUCACCUCUUCUCUCUGACUCCUCAAGAUCAUUUGUGAAAUUGUUCAAAACUGGGUUUCAUGAGUUGCUGUUCAUCUAAACUCUACAGCUAUGGACUCAAGAACAGUGUUGGUCUUAUUAUGGAUGUUGCUGUCGUCCUCCACUGGAAUCAAACUAGAUGGAAAUGGUUAUGUUGAUGUUACCAUUGCAAUCAGUUCAAGAGUACCACAGGAUAACACGCUCAUUGAUAAAAUCAAGGACAUGGUCACUGAAGGGUCAAUUUAUCUUCAUCAAGCAUUGGAUAAAAAGGUCUAUUUCAAAGAAGCUACGAUACUCGUUCCACCCCACUGGAAUAGUACGGAUUUUACCAAAGCAAGAGCAGAGUCUUAUGAAAAGGCAAACAUAAGAAUUGAUAAUGCUAAUCCAGCAUAUGGUGAUGAACCCUACACUCUUCAAUAUGAUGAAUGUGGAGCUGAGGCUCAGUUCAUUCAUUUCACCCCAAACUUCCUCCGAGACGACACUCUCAUUAAGACUUAUGGGUCAAGAGCAAAGGUCUUGGUUCAUGAAUGGGCUCAUCUGAGAUGGGGCGUGUAUGAUGAACACAGUGAAACAAAUCCAUUCUACUACUCUAAUGGCCGUAUUGAAGCUACAAGGUGUAGCAAAAACAUUGAAGGUCAGUUUUAUGAUGAAUCACAUCAACCGUGCCACACUGAUCCACAAACUUUACUACCGACUAAAGGGUGCAAGUUUUUUCCUAACAAAUAUCAAAACACAGACAGCUCUAUAAUGUUCUUACCAAGCCUGGAUUCUGUGAGCACUUUUUCAUUUUGUCGUGAAAACGAGCACAAUUAUGAAGCCCCAAACUUGCAAAACAAAAAAUGUGGCAAAGCAACACGGACUGUGAUAUUUGAGGAUUCUGUUGAUAAAGACGCACUUCAUUCUCUGAAACCACUGCUGUCCUCUCCACCAGCGCCAACUUUCAAAGUUGUGCAGCGAAUGCAUCGGGUUGUUUGUCUCGUCCUUGAUGUCUCAGGAAGCAUGACAGGCUCCAGAAUCCUCCGACAGCAGCAGGCUGCCACACAUUUCCUGCAGACCAUCAUUGAGGAUCAAGCCAGUGUUGGAAUUGUAACCUUUAGUGAUAAUGCUAAUACUCUGAGCCCCUUGACUACUAUUGACAGUGAAUCCACACGAGAGAAACUCAUCAAAUUGUUGCCAAAAGUAGCAGGUGGAGGGACAUACAUUUGUAAAGGCCUCAAUCUAGGCUUACAGGUACUCAAAAAUGACAAUGGGAAUGUGAUAGGGGAUGAAAUCACUUUUCUGACAGAUGGUGAAGCAUCAGACAAUAUUAAUAGUUGUGUUCCAAAUGCAACUGAAAGUGGCGCCAUUAUACACACAAUAGCUUUGGGUAAUAAAGCAGAUAAAGCACUGAGGGAAAUGGCUGACAAAACUGGGGGGAAAUUUAUCACAGCCAGUGACGACAUUCUCUCUAAUCAGCUACUGAAUGGAUUUUCUUCACUCACAAUACCAACAGGAGAUCAAACAAAAGACCCAGUUCAGAUAGACAGUGAGGGAAUAAAAACAUCAGACUGGUUCAAUGGGACAAUAUCAGUGGAUCAGACCAUUGGUAGCAAAACCAGCUUUACAAUAACCUAUGAAAUAAGUUUACCUGACAUUUCCAUACAGUCACCAAAUGGCUCGACCUACUAUCAAAUGCAUAUGCGUCAUGAUGAACCAGCAAAAACAGUCAAUUUAAAAGUUCCAGGAACUGCACAGCCUGGGGACUGGAAGUACAGUAUCCAAACUACAAUAAGUCAGUCUCUGACUAUAACAGCAACAAGUCAAGCGGCGAGUGCUGAUGUUCCCCCUAUCAUAGUCAAAACCCGCAUGAACCAGCAGUUCAGUGACGGCACUAAACCCUUGAUAGUGUUUGCUGAGGUCAGUCAGAAUUACAGGCCUGUAAUAAAUGCUGAAGUGUGGGCUACGCUGGAGUCCGAUUCUGGGCCUGCACAAACAUUACAACUCCUGGACAAUGGAGCAGGAGCUGAUGCUUUUCAAAAUGAUGGAAUGUAUUCCAGAUAUUUCACAAAGUUUAAAAAUGGGAGAAGCAGCUUGAAAGUAAGAGUGAAGAAUCAAGAUGGACAAGCCAGAUUUACUCUCGAAAAAAAGAGUUGUUUCCCACCGGGAUACGUGGUAAACGGUGUGGUGGAGCUGAACACUACAAAGCCUCCAGUUUCUGAGGAGGUUGGAAACUUUACCAGGACAGCCACCGGCGAGAGUUUUGAAGUGGUUUUUACAGGCACAACCCCACCAAAUUUCCCUCCUAACAAAAUCACAGAUCUGAGUGCUGAGAUCCAGGAGGACUCUGUGCUUCUCAACUGGACGGCUCCUGGUGAGGACCUUGACCAAGGGACAGCUAAAUCCUAUGAGAUCAGGUGGAGCUAUGACCUUCAAAUGCUUCGUGAAAACUUCAGCAAUGCUCAUGUAGUCAACACAUCUGCCGUCUUACCACUGGAGGCUGGAUCAGCUGAACAGCAUUCAUUCAAUCUCAGUUUCACAAUCCAAAAUGGCACCACACUUUUCUUUGCAGUUCAGUCUGAGGACAAACAAAAUGCGAAAUCUGAAACCUCUAACAUCGCUCAAGCUUCAAAGAUCCUCCCUGAUCCAACCCCCUCUGCAAUAUCAAACCAAGGCUUGAAUUUGACAGUUCUUGUAAUUUCAUUGUGUGUAGGUCAUAUGGUCAUAUGCUUUGCUUUUGCUGUAAUCAUAUGGUUAGUGAGACGCAGAAAACGCCCUGGUCAAUCCGAUGCAAACAAAUAAAUAAAUCCUUUUGUCUAAUUUGAACAUAACUAUGUACAUCCAACAACUUUAGAACAUUUCUUAAAACAACCCUUUCUAUCAAACAAAAUUUUUUUAUUUUCUCAAUUUUUUAUUUUCUGUAUUGCCAUCUCAUGUAGAAUUCUCAUUUAUAAUAGAUUCUCAAUUGAUUUAUCUUCCUCUGAAAUGUAAGAACCUUUAAAUACAAAAGAAAAAAAUAUAUUUUUGUAUAGUAAGGCAUGUAUUAAACUUUCAUUGUGAUGAUUUAAAGCACA